AUGCCGCCCCUCCUCUCCACCACGCAGACCCUCACGACCCGCCUAAACUCACUCUCGGAGAAUAACAAGGCCGUUGGCCAUCUCAUACAGAGACUUGCGAAAUUAGACUUCCAGCCGGGAUCACAACCAGUCAACGGUCCCGAGGAGGGAGAUGUGCGACUGGAACUGAGUGCAGAGAUCCACGAGAGCCUGAAGAGCAUUGAAGAAGAGCUUGAACUCCUCAGGCAAGAGGUUGAGGACAUCACACAUCAAGGAGCAAGUUUUGGCCGGAGAAGGGAUAGCACAAGAGAGAGUGAGAGGAGUAGGCUUGCAGUCCUACUAGCGAGGUUGACAGAGGAUCUGCGAUCAUCACGGUCACAGUACCGCAAAGCACAACUAACCGCCAAACACAACGCAGACCGCGCAAAACUCAAGGAACGUGAACUCCUCUUCUCAAAUCUACAAUCCGGCUCGUCGACCCCAUCCUCCACCUAUCGCCAGCGGAAACAGCAACAAGGGCUCUCGGAAGGCGAAGUCGUCACCCAGGCCUCCUCGGACGUCACCUCCGCCCUGCGCCGAACCCAUCAAUUGAUGCAAAACGAGCUUUCGCGCUCACGAUUCGCUCAAGAGACACUAGAACAGAGUACAGCUGCGCUUGCGGAGCUGGGAGAGAAGUACUCGGAUUUGAACAGUCUGCUGGCCAGUAGCAAGACUCUAGUGACUACACUGUUGAAGAGCACGAAGAGCGAUACGUGGUAUCUCGAAACUACAUUUUACGUCCUGAUUACGACUGUCAUCUGGCUUGUUUUCCGUCGGUGGCUGUACGGUCCACUGAGUUGGUUCGUCUUCUGGCCUCUGAGGCUAGCGUUCCGCGUUCUGUUCGCCAUCAUCCCGGUAGGCACCGCGUCAUCAGCCGCAAAGUCGAGUCUCGCAGCCUCCUCUCAGCCGUCAUCCAGCCUUAUUGUCAAACCUAGCGCAACGGGUGAAUUCCCAACGCGAAAUCCCAACGCCCAACAACCCUACAUUCGCGUUGGCGGUGGAGGUCGAGGAUACAUGCACGCUCAAGCUCCCGAUCCUAGUCCUAUAAACUCUUACUCGCAACAAGUCGGCCAAAUGGCAGAACAGAAUCAGCAGCCCCAAGGGACUGAAUUGCCUGAUCACCCACAGCUGAGGGAACAGCCUCAGCAGCAGCAGGAAGAAAAGGGGCCAGUAACAAGAGGUGAUGGUACGGUGUUGAAGGAGAGUGACAAGCCAAGGAAUCCCAAGAAGAAGAUGUGGGAGGAGAAUGUGGAGAGGGAGAAGUAUGAACAAGCACAAGCCGCGCAGCAAGGGGAAGUAGCUGGGGAACAGGGUGAGGGAGGCCGGCGGGAAAGGGAUGAGUUGUGA